AUGGGUGACAGCGAUGAACCCAUCUCGAUUCUUAUCGACGAACUUCGAAAUGAAGACAUUUCGUCCAGACUGAAGUCAAUGUCAAAGCUCCCGACGAUCGCCCUGGCGCUUGGCGUUGAAAGAACAAAGUCCGAACUUAUCCCGUUCAUCAUUGACUCAGUUUACGACGAAGACGAAGUUCUCGAGCGACUCGCAGAUGAAUUAAAGCGCUUCAUUCCCUUGGUCGGCGGGCCCGCCCAUGCACACAUCAUUCUUACUCCGCUCGAAUCGUUGGCGAUGGUCGAAGAAACCGUUGUCCGUGAUCGAGCUGUCCAAUCUCUCUGCGCCAUCGCUCGGGAGAUGUCUGCUGAGCACAUUGAGCAGUACUUUGAGCCUCUUAUUCGACGACUCGCUACUGGUGACUGGUUCACCUCGAGAACUUCCGCCUGCGGACUCUUCGCUGUCGCUUACAACAGAGGAACAGGCCAUGUCAAGCAGGAAAUGCGAUCCCUCUACCCAAGCCUUUGCGGCGACGAAACUCCAAUGGUUCGAAGAGCUGCUGCUUCGAAAAUUGGCCCCCUCGUCGCAGAAAUGGAGAAGGACUUCGUUCAAAAUGACUUCCUGAAACUCUAUGAGAGUUUUGUUGCCGACGACCAGGACUCAGUCAGACUCUUGAUUUGCCCAGCUUUUGUGCAGAUCAUUCCCAAGCUUGAUGUUGAAACCCAAGAGAGCAAAAUUAUUGUCAUGUUGAAGAAAUUCCAGGAAGACAAAAGCUGGAGGGUGCGAAAUUCGCUUGCAAACAUACUCGUCGAUCUGGUUUCCGCUCUGGAUGCAUCCUUAGUAAAUGAGACGAUCAAUAUUUUCAAAACGCUGGUAAAAGAUCUGGAAGGUGAAGUUAGAGUUCAAGGUGCCAAGAAUAUUUUCAACUUUGCGAAUGGGCUGCCAGCAGAAAGUAAAAAGAACCUUACGAUGACACAUAUAAUUCCUCUCAUAAAAGACCUUUCGAAUGACCCGCACCAGCCCGUCAAAACUGCUCUUGCUUCAACCAUGAUGAAAUUGGCAGCAAUUAUCGGCCCAGAGAACACAAACGAGCACCUGUUGCCCCUUUUCGUCGGCUUCCUCAAGGACGAAUGUGCCGACGUUCGCCUCAACGUCAUCAACACCAUCAGCACUGUGCACGAUGUCAUUGGAUUCGAAUCAUUCCAGAACACACUCCUGCCCGCCGUGCUCAAGCUCGCCGAAGAUACCAAGUGGCGCGUCAGAUUGGCAAUCUUGGAACACAUGCCUUUGUCUCGGAUUUUCAAAACUUCACUAGUUAAUCAUGUUUUCUCGAUCCGCGAGGCUGCCUGCACACAGAUCCAGAAGAUCGUCGACAUCUACGGCUUUGAGUGGGCCCGCGACGUCGUCCUUCCGAAAGUAUUCGAGCUCGCCGCGGAGCAGAAUUACUUGCGAAGAAUGACCGUCCUUUUCCAGAUUAAUUUCCUCAUGAGCGCCUCGCUCAAAAAUAAGUCUGACAUGGUAGAAAUCGCUGACAGAUGUGUUUCCACUGUUUGCAACAUGCACAAGGAUGAAGUCGCAAAUGUCAAAUUCAAUGUAGCGAAGACGCUCGGAUCGAUGUCCACUUUGAUCUCAAAGAAAAACCACGCCACAGUAAAAAGCGCCCUGGACAGCCUCUCAAAAGACAGCGACAUCGACGUCAGUUUCUUCGCAAACGAAGCGCUCGAGAAGAUGGCGAAACUCUAA